AAAGGAAAAAGAAAAAGAUAACACAGCAAGACUCGAGAAAAGGGCAAAUGAAAUCCGAUUUGAAGUCCGCCACUUGACCAUCUCGCAGCAGACAGCAAAAUCCGCCGGAGCGUCUCUGCAGCUCCCUCCUUCCUUAUUCCGCUGAGGCGGCGCGUAGGAUUACUCAACUUCAGCCUCAAAUCGCCACCGUCCAUCUCCCCCAGGCUCCUAGGAUGGGCCAAUCCCCCUCGAAGGCCUCAGGACCGACCCUCCCGGGCCCCUCCGGCUGCGGCGCGAAGUCCAAGUCCAAAUCCAAAUCCUCCGCCUUGAUCUCUCCGGUGCUCGCCGAGGAAGCUAAGGGCUCUGACCCGGCCAGCGCCUCCGAGUCGGCCGAUUACAUCUCUAACCUCCCCGAUGAGUGCUUGGCGUAUGUUUUCCAGUCCCUCGGCUCCGGUGACCGGAAGAGGUGCCCUCUCGUCUGCCGGCGCUGGCUCAGGAUAGAGGGACAGAGCCGCCACAGGCUCUCCCUCAACGCUCAGUCAGAUCUCAUCACUAUGAUCCCUUCUCUGUUCUCGAGGUUCGACGCCGUCACCAAGCUCGCCCUGAAAUGCGACCGGAGAUCCAUUAGCAUCGGCGACGAAGCCCUCAUCUCCAUCUCGCUGCGCUGCCGCAACCUCACGCGCCUGAAGCUCCGCGCAUGCCGGGAGCUGACUGACGCAGGCAUGGCGGCCUUCGCGAAGAACUGCCAGAGCUUGAAGAAGCUCUCCUGCGGAUCUUGCGCUUUUGGAUCCAGGGGAAUGAACGCAGUCCUCGAAAACUGUCCAUCCCUGGAAGAACUUUCCGUCAAGAGGCUGCGCGGCCUGAUUGACGGUGCCGCCGCGGAGCCGAUAGGACCCGGAGUCGCUUCAGCUUCGCUCAAGACGAUCUGCCUCAAGGAGCUGUACAACGGCCAGUGCUUCGGUCCGUUGAUCGUGGGCUCGAAGAACUUGAGGACUCUGAGACUUUUCAAGUGCUCUGGCGAUUGGGACAAGCUCUUUCAGGUCAUCUCAGCUAGGGUUACAAGUAUAGUUGAGAUUCAUCUGGAGAGGAUCCAAGUGAGCGAUCUCGGUCUAACUGCCUUGUCCAAUUGCUUAGAUCUAGAGAUUCUGCACCUCGUUCGGACUCUGGAGUGCACGAACUUAGGGCUAGUCGCUAUUGCCGAGCGGUGUAAGCUCUUGAGAAAGCUCCACAUAGAUGGUUUCAAGGAAACCCGCAUUGGAGAUGAAGGCUUAAUUGCCGUCGCCAAGCAUUGCCCCAAUUUGCAAGAACUGGUCCUGAUAGGUGUAGACCCGACCAAACUGAGCUUGGAUAUGUUAGCUUCGAACUGCCAAAACUUAGAGAGGUUAGCACUGUGUGGAAGCGAUACGGUUGGGGAUGAAGAGAUAUCGUGCAUUGCCGCUAAAUGCACCGCACUGAAGAAGCUCUGUAUCAAGAGCUGCCCUGUCUCAGAUCAGGGUAUGGAAGCUUUAGCAAGUGGGUGCCCUAAUUUGGUCAAAGUGAAGGUGAAGAAGUGCAGGAGUGUGACUGCCGAGGGCGCGAACUGGUUAAGAUCGAGCAGGGAAUCGCUCGCGGUGAAUUUAGAUACCGGUGAACAAGAAAAUAUCGAUGCAAGUGCUAGCGAUGGAGGAAUUCAGGAAAACGGGGUCGAAUUCCCUCCAGUAGUUGCUGCCGGUGCUCCUGAUAUCGCAUCCACGAGCGGUCGUGGUACCAGGAGAUCACCGUCCUUGAAGUUGAGGUUAGGGAUUUUGAGCAGCAGGAAUUUAGUCGCUUGCACUUUCCGGAGGUGGUCGCACAGUAACAGCAGCCACUCCCGAAGCAUGUCGUCCUAAACAGGUUCCACCGGGGAAAAAAAAAAUUGUAAAAGCUGCCUCUUUGUACUGCUUACUUUGUUUAUCAUUGUACGACGGAUUAUGAAUGCGAUGAUUCGAUAUCAUUUUGCCUGUUUUCCUUUGAAAAUGAAUCUUGCCACUCUGUUCUUCCGGAA